CGUUUGGGACCAUUUAACCAGUAGACUGCUGCGGUCCACAGAACGUCUGUUCUAGGACUUCCUGCAGCUUUGCACCUGAGGUUUCUCCACCAACACUCCGGGAGUCAUGUGGAGGAUCGUCCUGGCGGUCGGUCUGCUCUGCUGGAGCGCUGAUGGACAGGUGACCUGCAGAAACCACAACGGUGGAGCAGUGGACUGGUACAUCAUGUACAAGGCCCCCAAACUGAAUAACAUUGAAACUACGGGUCUGGAAUAUCUUUACAUUGAUUCAGAUGGGAAGAUAGAGACCUCUAAAGAUCACAAUAAGCUCAUUGAUAAUCCUGUUGGUGUCCUGGGAAACACCCUGAAGCCCCUUUUUACCACAUCAAUGCCAAAAGACUUUGGAUUCAUCACCUACAGCGAUCAACCUCCAGGAUGUAAUGCUCCUGCUAAGUUUGGCCACAGUAAAGGACUUGUGAUGAUGGAUAAAACCAGAACAGGAGUCUGGCUCCUACACAGCGUACCACAGUUCCCUUUCAGAAGAGAUAAUAACUUCUACCCAUCCACUGGAGAAGCGAAGGCUCAGACCUUCAUCUGUGUAACAUUCAACUACGACGAGUUCCAAAAGAUAGGUGAUCAUCUGCUGCACAUCGCAGCGUUCCCGUUUGAUCAUCAUGUUCCAGCUGACUUCCAUAAAGAGCUCAUUGAUGUUACAGAGAGGACAAUAACACCAGGAGAGAAGGUGCAGGACCUGAGAUCCGCAGCAGGAGCAUCAUUUCGUAGCAUUGCUAAACACAACAUUAAUGAGGACGUAAAGGACAAGGACCCAAAAAGAUUCGAAGGAGAUCUUUACCUCGCUAUUGCAGAGGAAUACAACACCGAUGUGAAAGUCCAGACCUGGGGCCGCCAGCAUAAACGUGAAGAUUCCUACUGCGGACUAAAAGAAGUGUUGAAUAUUCCAUCUGUAAAAGCUGACCUGGGUAACGGGGAGGUUAAGUGGACCGCUAGUAAUGAUCACUCCAAGUGGUGUGUAUCUGCUAAUGCUAAUAACCCUUUGAUCUGUAUCGCUGACGUGAACAGAGCCAUCAGCCAGUACAAAAGGCCGGGGGGGGCACUGUGCUUCGAAAACCAACCAGCAAGCGAUCUCUUUAAAGUUAUUGAUGAAAGUGACCCUUGCUCCCGGAAGCGUCCCCGUCACCCCUCCUGUGACUCUGAUGAUGAUUUAUAGGAUUAAUAAGCUUCU